ACAUGAACUACAGCUCCCACUGUACUCACACUUCAUCAGCUUGAGCUGCUCUCAACAACCGAGGCCACCCGUACAUGGAUUUCUCCAGGAUUUCCCAUCUCUAACAUGGACGCCCGGGCGGAAGGUUGCUCCUUUGCGCAGUGAGACGGACAUGCGGAGCAUCGCUGAUACGGAGUGUCCUCUUCUGUCUCAGUGACCAUGCCGUGAUCACAUCGCUGACAAAAACACAUCCAAAGCAGAAAUAAGUGGGAAUCUUACGAUCCAUCCAGUGGAAUGACAUGCAGUGUAUCGCAGGCAUCAUGAAGAUGUGCUCUCCUCUGGUAACUCAUCAGAGAUGGCUUGGGCUGUUGCUGCUCUUACUGUGUGUGGGAUAUUCUCACGGGAUGCCACAUGUGUUAAGAUUCGGGGGGAUAUUUGAAUCCAUCGAAAGUGGCCCAUCUGGUGCUGAAGAACUUGCCUUUAAGUUUGCUUUAAAUACAAUCAACAGGAACAGAACUUUACUGCCAAACACUACACUCACUUACGACAUCCAAAGGAUAAACAUCCACGACAGUUUUGAGGCCUCCAGAAAAGCUUGUGACCAGCUCUCUCUGGGUGUGGCGGCCAUCUUCGGUCCCUCCCACAGUUCUUCGGCCAACGCGGUGCAGUCCAUCUGUAAUGCUCUGGGGGUGCCGCACAUCCAGACCAAAUGGAAGCACCAAGCGUCAGACAACCGCGACUCCUUCUACGUCAGCCUUUACCCAGACUUCUCCUCCCUCAGCAGAGCCAUUUUAGAUUUGGUUCACUUUUUCAAGUGGAAAAUGGUCACUGUGGUUUACGAUGACAGCACAGGUCUGAUUCGUUUACAGGAGCUCAUCAAGGCUCCAUCUCGUUACAACAUCCGAUUAAAAAUCCGGCAGCUACCAGCAGAAACAAAAGAUGCCAAGCCCCUUCUUAAAGAAAUGAAACGAGGAAAAGAGUUUCAUGUAAUCUUUGACUGUGGUCAUGAAAUGGCAGCUGGCAUCCUUAAACAGGCACUCGCCAUGGGAAUGAUGACAGAAUAUUACCACUACAUUUUUACCACCCUGGAUCUCUUUGCAUUGGAUGUGGAGCCCUACCGCUACAGCGGGGUCAACAUGACAGGAUUCCGAAUCCUAAACACAGAAAACAGCCAGGUUUCCUCCAUCAUUGAAAAGUGGUCCAUGGAGCGUCUGCAGGCACCUCCUAAACCAGACUCUGGCCUGCUGGAUGGUUUCAUGACAACAGAUGCUGCCCUGAUGUAUGAUGCGGUACAUGUGGUGGCCGUGGCUGUCCAGCAGUCUCCUCAAAUCACUGUCAGUUCACUCCAGUGUAACCGCCACAAGCCCUGGCGCUUUGGCAACCGCUUCAUGAUGCUCAUCAAAGAGGCUCACUGGGAUGGUUUGACCGGACGGAUACAUUUCAACAGGACCAAUGGCCUGAGGACAGAUUUCGAUCUGGAUGUGAUCAGCCUGAAGGAAGAGGGGCUAGAGAAGAUUGGGACAUGGGAUCCUGCGAGUGGUUUGAACAUGACAGAAAACCAGAAGGGAAAGGCAGCCAAUGUGACGGAUUCUCUCUCCAACAGAUCGCUGGUGGUGUCCACUAUACUGGAAGAGCCUUAUGUGAUGUUUAAGAAGUCAGAUAAGCCGCUAUAUGGUAACGAUCGCUUUGAGGGCUACUGCAUCGACCUGCUGCGAGAGCUGGCUGCCAUCCUGGGCUUCACCUAUGAAUUACGACUGGUUGAGGAUGGCAAGUAUGGAGCUCAGGAAGAGAGCACGGGCCAGUGGAAUGGCAUGAUCCGAGAACUGAUUGACCAUAAAGCUGAUCUUGCAGUGGCACCCCUGGCCAUUACGUACGUGCGGGAGAAGGUCAUCGACUUUUCCAAACCCUUCAUGACGCUGGGGAUAAGUAUACUGUACCGCAAACCCAACGGCACCAACCCGGGGGUGUUCUCCUUUCUCAACCCCCUGUCCCCCGACAUCUGGAUGUAUAUUCUGCUCGCUUACUUGGGUGUCAGUUGUGUGCUGUUUGUCAUAGCCAGGUUUAGCCCCUACGAAUGGUAUAACCCCCAUCCGUGCAACCCCGACUCGGAUGUUGUGGAAAACAAUUUCACUCUGCUAAAUAGUUUCUGGUUCGGAGUUGGAGCUCUCAUGCAGCAAGGAUCUGAGCUCAUGCCCAAAGCCCUUUCCACCAGGAUAGUAGGGGGUAUCUGGUGGUUUUUUACCUUAAUCAUCAUCUCCUCCUACACUGCCAACCUAGCCGCCUUCCUUACCGUGGAGAGAAUGGAAUCUCCAAUUGACUCGGCUGAUGACCUGGCCAAGCAGACCAAGAUUGAGUAUGGAGUAGUGGAGGAUGGCGCUACAAUGACCUUCUUUAAGAAAACAAAGAUCUCCACAUAUGAUAAGAUGUGGGAGUUCAUGAGCAGUCGAAGACAUUCAGUCAUGGUGAAGAGCAUCGAGGAGGGAAUUGAACGUGUACUCACCUCAGAUUAUGCUUUCCUUAUGGAGUCCACCACCAUCGAAUUUGUCACUCAGCGCAACUGCAACCUCACACAGAUCGGAGGCCUCAUAGACUCCAAAUCCUAUGGGGUUGGCACCCCAAUGGGAUCCCCUUACCGAGAUAAGAUCACCAUUGCAAUCCUGCAGCUACAGGAAGAAGGGAAGCUGCACAUGAUGAAGGAGAAGUGGUGGCGAGGAAAUGGCUGUCCUGAGGAGGAGAAUAAGGAGGCCAGUGCGCUGGGCGUCCAGAACAUCGGUGGCAUUUUCAUAGUGUUGGCUGCGGGACUCGUCCUCUCUGUGUUUGUGGCAGUUGGGGAGUUUCUCUAUAAGUCCAAACAAAACGCACAGCUGGAAAAGAGAUCCUUCUGCAGCGCCAUGGUGGACGAGCUAAGGGUUUCCCUCAAGUGCCAGCGCCGGCUCAAACACAAACCGCAGCCACCGGUCAUGGUCAAAACAGAUGAAGUCAUCAACAUGCACACCUUCAAUGACCGAAGACUGCCAGGCAAAGAGACCAUGGCUUAAAACGGACACCAGCUCGCUCUUUCUUGAGCUUGGAAAAGGAAACUUCAAGGGGAGAAAUUUGGUAGGGGAGGAAGUCGAUUUUCUAUACGGGGAAGGGAUCUUAAAUGUAAUUUUAAACAAUUAGUUACUGAAAACAACAGCAGAAACUGAAACAUAUUUCCUGUGGAAAUAAAUUGAAUCUGGGCAAAAAUUUUAGUUACCUCAUCGCUCCAGAUCACCACCAGAGCAAAGACUGACCGGUGCCAGCGUUCAGGGUAACUUUUAGCAGGAAAAACACACACACAGCUAGAGGCAUGUGACGGAAGGAGGUUUGUCUGCUCAUUAUGUUCAUAUUCUUUUUGGUUUGAUGACACAUUUGGCUGUUGUCCGUCCACAGAGAGCAGCUGAGUCCUUUAGAGAGAACAAGGAGACAUGUCCUGACAAAUACAGAAGCAAAAGAAGGACAGAUUUUUAACACACAGUACCUGUGCUACUUUUAAGGAGCAAAAAAAAAAAAACAAUAUAUAUUUUGCUGAGCACCACAGCAAUAUCGCUGAAAACAUUCAGCGUGUUUCGCACCCACACUCACAAGCAAUUGAAGCAGGACACAGCAACAGGCAAUACACCACUUUCAGUUCUUUGCAUUUUCAGUCCCCUGCAGAGUGUGACAACGACUAAUGGUGAAACUCACAAAAACAUGUUCGACCCACAAAUUUUUACAUUUGUGUUUAUUUCAAGCAUAUUUAAACCAUUGCACAAUUAAAUAUUUUCUGUCCAUAUUUA